AUGACCUCUGACCAGCAGUGGAAGAGUAUUGUUACAACAGCUAUCUUGGCAGCAGCUGCGACAAAGUUUAUCGACUGUCUAAUUCAAAACUACAAAGGCAGUAAUCCGCGUCUGCCGAAAGGCGAAGCCAAGGGUCCAAACAAAUCCCUAGAUGAAAAGAAAAUGUGCUACGAUGAUGGCCUUAUUCGCGAACAGUUAGCACGUAAUUAUGCAUUUUUAGGCGAAGAGGCAAUGAGAAGCUUAAAAAAUCAAUACGUUGUCGUUGUCGGUGCUGGUGGUGUAGGUUCUUGGGUCGUGACCAUGCUUGUUAGAUCAGGCAUUUAUAAAAUUAAAGUUAUCGAUUUUGACCAGGUGUCUUUAAGUUCUUUGAACAGGCACAGCUGUGCCACUUUGAAGGAUGUAGGUACUUCAAAAGUUGGCUGCCUCAAGAAGCACCUCAGCGAAAUAGCGCCUUGGUGCGACGUUCAAGCCGUAAACGAACUGUGGAACAAAGAAAAUGCUGAUCGAUUAAUAUUUGGUGAAAACGGGAGUGAAAAUCCAACAUUCGUUGUGGAUUGUAUUGACAAUGUGGACACUAAGGUUGACCUACUAGAAUUUGUCUACCGCCAUAAUAUACCGGUAAUAUCUUCUAUGGGCGCUGCCACCAAAAGCGACCCAACCAGAAUCAAUAUCGGCGAUCUGACCACGACUGAAGAAGAUCCACUGGCACGUACUGUGAGGAGACGGUUGAAGCUAAGAGGAAUUAUCAAGGGAAUAACCGUCGUAUUCAGCGCAGAAAAACCCGAUCCACGUAAGGCAUCGCUUUUGCCAUUGCCCGAGGACGAAUUUCAAAAGGGCAAAGUAGAUGAGCUAAGCGCCCUCAAAGAUUUCCGUGUGCGUAUUCUACCGGUUUUAGGAACAAUGCCAGGUGUUUUUGGUCUUGCUAUUGCGACGUGGAUCCUUACUAAAGUAUCUGGGUACCCAAUGGAGCCAAUAGAAGGCAAGAACAGAAUCAAAGUGUAUGAUGGUAUUUAUCAAUCUUUGGCUAGUCAAAUGUCUCGUAUUGGUAUGCCAGAUCAACGUGUUCCAGUUGCUCUUAAGGAUAUUGGGUACCUCUGCGAAGAAGUAUUCCGGGGGAAAUCUCCAUUGAGUGGAUACUCCACCAAGCUCACGCUAUCAAAAUGGGAUCCUUCAAUUCCUGUUUCCUUGCAAAAUGUUGUGCUUAUGACGAAAGAAGAGCAGAACGAGCAUGAGCGGCGUGUAUUAAAUGGAGGUGAAAGCCUACAAAGUGUUUAUUCGCAGGAAGUACUCAACACUGUGGCCAAAAGGCUCGAUGAAGAAAAACACUACUCACAAUUCAGAUAA